CGAGCACCCGCUCCACCUGAGUUUGCAGCUGGACCUUGCCCUGGGGCCUCCGUUUUCCAGCUCCAAUCCUCGUGGAACCCGCCCGGUCCCGCCUCUUCCCCAGGCUGGAGCCGGGCUCUGAAGGCUGCUCUGGGACAGACAAACACGGGUUGAUGAGCAGAGGGCCCCAAUGGCCACGCCUGGAGAGCCCUGCGCCGGCCUGAGGGGCUGGAACCAGACAGAGCAGGAGCCUGGGGCCCCACACCUGCUCAGCCUGUGCUUCCUGCGAACCGCUGGGAGCUGGGCGCCCCCGCUGUACCUGUGGGUCCUCGGCCCCAUCUACCUUUUCUACAUCCAUCGCCAUGGCAGGUGCUACCUCCGGAUGUCCUACCUCUUCAAAGUCAAAAUGGUGCUCGGCUUUGCCCUCAUACUUCUCUACAUCUUCAACGUGGCCAUGCCUCUGUGGAGGAUCCACCAGGGAAUGCCCCAGGCCUCGGAGCUUCUCAUCCACCCUACUGUGUGGCUCACCACCAUGACGUUUGCCACCUUCUUGAUUCACAUGGAGAGGAAGAAGGGAGUCCGGGCAUCUGGGGUGCUGUUCGGGUACUGGCUGCUCUGCUGUCUCUUGCCAGGGAUCAACGUAGUCCAGCAGGCCUCUGCAGGGAGCUUCCACCAUGAGCCCCUCCCUCACCUGGCUACCUACCUGUGUCUGUCCUUGGUGGUGGCAGAGUUUGUGCUGUCCUGCCUGGUAGACCAGCCGCCCUUCUUCCUGGAAGACUCCCAGUCAUCGAAUCCGUGCCCAGAGGCUGAGGCCUCGUUUCCCUCCAAGGCCAUGUUCUGGUGGGCUUCUGGGCUGCUUUGGAGGGGCUUCAGGAAUCUGCUGAGACCAAAAGACCUCUGGUCGCUCGGGAGAGAAAACUCUUCAGAAGAACUGGUUUCCCAACUGGAAAGGGAAUGGAGGAGGAGCUGCAGUGUGCUGGCAGGGCGCUCCAAGGUGAUGAUGAGCAAAGGGCAGAGUCGUGGGGGGGCCCCUGAGACAGAGGGCUUCCUGCAGCCAGAGAGGAGCCAGCAGGGCCUCCUGCUCAAGGCUAUCUGGCGAGUGUUCCGGUCCACCUUCCUGCUAGGGACCCUCAGCCUGGCCAUCAGCGAUGCCUUCAGGUUUGCUGUCCCCAAGCUGCUCAGCCUGUUUCUAGAGUUCAUGGGUGACCGCAACUCCUCGGCGUGGACGGGCUGGCUCCUGGCCGUGCUGAUGUUCUUGUCGGCCUGCCUCCAGACAUUGUUUGAACAGCAGCAUAUGUACAGGGCCAAGAUCCUGCAGAUGAGGCUGCGAACAGCCAUCACCGGCCUGGUGUACAGAAAGGUCCUGGUGCUGUCCAGUAGUUCCAGAAAGUCCAGCGCAGCAGGAGAUGUGGUCAACCUGGUGUCGGUGGACGUGCAGCGGCUGGCGGACAGCGUUCUCUACCUCAACGGGCUGUGGCUUCUCUUUCACUGGAUCAUCAUCUGCUUUGUCUACCUGUGGCAGCUUCUUGGCCCCUCUGCCCUCACAGCCAUUGCUGUCUUCCUCAGCCUUCUCCUUCUGAAUUUCUUCAUUACCAAGAAGAAGAGCUACUAUCAGGAAGAGCAGAUGAGACAGAAGGCCUCCCGAGCACGGCUCACCAGCUCCAUACUCAGAACUGUGAGAACCAUCAAGUCCCACGGCUGGGAGCAAGCCUUCCUGGAGAGACUCCUUCAGAUCCGGGACCAGGAGAUCAGCGCUCUGAAGACCUCCACCGUCCUCUUCUCCGUGUCUCUGGUGUCCUUCCAAGUGUCUACAUUUCUGGUGGCGCUGGUUGUGUUUGCUGUCCACACCCUGGUGGCAGAGGACAACGCCAUGGAUGCAGAGAAGGCUUUUGUGACCCUCACAGUGCUCAGCAUCCUUAACAAAGCCCAGGCCUUUCUGCCCUUCUCUGUAUACUGCAUCGUUCAGGCUCGAGUGUCCUUUGGUCGGCUGGCUGCCUUCCUGUGCCUUGAAGAAGUGGACCCCCACGGCAUGGUCUCCAGUCCCCCCAGAUGCUCCUCGACGGAUCACAUUUCUGUACACAAUGGCACCUUUGCUUGGUCCCAGGAGAGCCUGCCCUGCCUGCACCGGAUCAACCUCACCGUGCCCCAGGGCUGUCUGCUGGCUGUUGUGGGUCCAGUGGGGGCUGGGAAGUCCUCCCUGCUGUCUGCCCUGCUUGGGGAGCUGUUGAAGGUAGAAGGGUCUGUGAACAUUGAGGGUUCCGUGGCCUACGUGCCACAGGAGGCCUGGGUCCAGAAUACCUCGGUGGUGGAGAAUGUGUGCUUCAGGCAGGAGCUGGACCUGCCCUGGUUGCAGAAAGUUCUAGAAGCCUGUGCCCUGGCGUCUGAUGUGGCCAGCUUCCCCUCAGGAGUUCACACCCCAAUAGGGGAGCAGGGCAUGAAUCUUUCCGGGGGCCAGAAGCAGCGGCUGAGCUUGGCUAGGGCUGUGUACAGAAAGGCUGCUGUGUACCUGCUGGAUGACCCUCUGGCAGCCCUGGAUGCCCACGUCAGCCAGCAUGUCUUCAAACAGGUCAUCGGACCCUGUGGACUGCUCCAGGGUACAACUCGGAUCCUCGUGACACACUCGCUGCACGUCCUGCCCCAGGUUGACCAGAUCCUGGUACUGGCCGAUGGGACCAUCGCAGAGAUGGGUUCUUAUCGGGACCUUCUGCGUAGGAAUGGAGCCCUCAUGGACCUUCUGGAUGGAGCCAGGCAGCCUGCAGGUGGAAGAGAAGAAGGGGCACAUGCGGAGGCCACUGGUGAUGACCUUGGAGGCUUUCCUGGAGGUGGGAGGUCCAAGCACAGACCAGAGAGGCCCAGGCCCAUCGAGUCAGCCCCUGUGAAGGACAGCACUUCAGACACACAGACAGAGCCUUCUCUGGAUGACCCUAAGGAGACAGGAUUGACAAAUGAAGAGGACGGCGUGCGCUAUGGCCGGGUGAAGACCACCACAUACCUGAGCUACCUGCGGGCGGUGGGCACACCCCUCUGCACGUACACCCUGUUUCUCUUCCUCUGCCAGCAAGUGGCGUCCUUCUGCCAGGGCUACUGGCUGAGCCUCUGGGCCGACGACCCCGUCGUGGAUGGGCGGCAGGCACACGCAGCCCUGCGCGGCUGGGUCUUUGGGCUCCUCGGCUGUCUCCAAGCCAUCGGACUGUUUGCCUCUGUGGCUGCUGUGUUCCUGGGUGGGGCCCGGGCCUCAGGCCUCCUCUUCCGGAGCCUCCUGUGGGACGUAGCUCGCUCUCCCAUCGGCUUCUUCGAGCGCACGCCGGUCGGGAGCCUGCUGAACCGCUUCUCCAGGGAGACAGACACGGUGGAUUUGGACAUCCCCGACAAGCUGAGGUCUCUGCUGACCCACGCCUUCGGGCUCCUGGAGGUCGGCCUGGCGGUGACGAUGGCCACGCCCCUCGCCAUCGUGGCCAUAUUGCCGCUCAUGUUCCUCUACGCUGGGUUUCAGAGCCUCUACGUGGCCACCUCCUGCCAGCUGAGGCGCCUGGAGUCAGCCAGCUACUCAUCUGUGUGUUCUCACAUGGCUGAGACCUUCCAGGGCAGUCUGGUGGUCAGGGCCUUCCGUGCCCAGGGACCCUUCACGGCUCAGCACGACGCCCUCAUGGAUGAAAACCAGAGGGUCAGUUUCCCACGCCUGGUAGCUGACAGGUGGUUGGCGGCCAACCUGGAACUCCUGGGGAAUGGCCUGAUGUUCGUGGCCACUACCUGUGCUGUGCUGAGCAAGGCUCACCUGAGUGCUGGCCUUGUGGGCUUCUCCGUCUCCGCUGCCCUCCAGGUGACACAGACCCUGCAGUGGGUGGUCCGAAGCUGCUCGGACCUGGAGAACAGCAUGGUGGCAGUGGAGCGGGUGCAGGACUACGCGAGCACCCCCAAAGAGGCUCCCUGGAAGCUGCCCACCUGUGCAGCGCAGCCUCUCUGGCCUCAUAGCGGACAGAUUGAAUUCCAGGACUUCGGGCUCAGACACCGACCAGAGCUGCCGCUGGCUGUGAAGGGUGUGUCCCUGAAGAUCCAUGCAGGAGAGAAGGUGGGCAUCGUGGGCAGGACAGGGGCCGGGAAGUCCUCCUUGGCCUGGGGCCUGCUGCGGCUUCAGGAGGCCUCCGAGGGUGGCAUCUGGAUCGACGGCGUCCCCAUCACCCGUGUGGGGCUGCACACGCUUCGGUCCCGAAUCACCAUCAUCCCUCAGGACCCGGUCCUGUUCCCAGGCUCUCUGCGGAUGAACCUGGACCUGCUUCAGGAGCACACUGAUGAAAGCCUCUGGGCCGCGCUGGAGACAGUGCAGCUCAAGGCCUUUGUGGCCAGCCUGCCCGGCCAGCUGCAGUAUGAGUGUGCUGGCCAGGGAGAUGACCUGAGCGUGGGUCAGAAGCAGCUCCUAUGCCUGGCACGUGCCCUUCUCCGGAAAACCCAGAUCCUCAUCCUGGAUGAGGCGACCGCCUCCGUGGACCCGGGGACGGAGAUGCAAAUGCAGGCGGCCCUGGAGCGCUGGUUCUCGCAGUGCACAGUCCUGCUCAUCGCUCAUCGCCUGCGCUCUGUCAUGGACUGUUCCCGGGUCCUUGUCAUGGACGAGGGGCAGGUGGCAGAGAGUGGCAGCCCAGCCCAGCUGCUGGCCCAGAAAGGCCUGUUUUACAGGCUCGCCCAGGAGUCAGGCCUUGCCUGAGUCAGGACUCUUCACAGCCCCCCUAGAGCCAUAGAGUUGCUGGAGAUGCCAGAGAUUCAGUGGCCACUGGGACUCCACAGGAUGUCCAAUCUAGACUCCUGUCUGGGAGGAUGAUGGCAGAGAAAGUGAUGGACUAUUGGAAUACCAAGAAGAACGCAGCAUGCCCAGGCUGGCUUGAGCAAGGCCAUCCUCACCCUGCAGUCAAAGCGGACGGUGACUCUCAGCCCAAGCUGUCCACUUCAAGGCCACCCCCUACCCCUGGCCGAUCAGGCUGGACACCCUAGUGGUGUGCACAUUUCCCCUAACUACUUAUUUUGAAGUCACUGUAGAUUUCACGCCGUUUGAAGAAAUGAUGAAGAGGGAAGCCAUGGACUCUCUGCCCUGUUUGUUCUAGGGCAAGAUCAGGUGGCAUACUGACACUGACAGACUCGUGUUCACAUGUCCCCAAAUCUUGUGUGUCUGUGUAUGAUGCAGUACUGUUUGUUGUCAUUGUUUUUUGAGGCAUGAUCUAGUCACACUAGAACAGGGAGGGGCCAAAGAGUCCCUCCAAAGCAUGAACUCGGAGGGACAUUUGAAGUGGAAAAUAUCUGGAGACCUCUGAGUUAACUGGUCUAAACAGACAUUUUUGUAAAACUUUGCCAGACCUCCAAAUGCAAAUGUGCUAGGAAUUUUCUAGAAGGCAAAAGUGGCCUGGGUAAUCCCUAAGUGAGGAUGCCUCCUGCUGCCGUUUAAGUGAGAAACGCCCCGAAGGCCCAAGUGUCCCAAAGACCAGUUCCCAGCGGGCACGCUGGCUGGGUAGGUGCAGCGGUGCUGAGGGAACUGUGUCACUGCGGGGUGGGCUCCAGGCUCUUCCCACUUCCUUCCGUUCUGCCUCCUGUGUGUGUGGAUGAAAGGCGGCAGCUGCGCCCUGCUCCCGCUUCCACACCUUCCAGCCAUCACGGACUCCACCUCUGGAACCAUGACCCAAAAUAAACCUCCUCAGAGUUGC